CCCCAGUACCUGCGCUAGGGUCGACUUGCCUUUUAAUUUGCUUGCUUUGCUUGUACCUCCCAAAACCGGAAGUGAAAGGCGCUUAACUACUAUGCGAAGAUUCGUCCAUGCUAAACUUUUUUACCUGAUAGGGAUGGAAGGUACCUGAAAAAAUAUCUGAUCUCAACUUCCGUUCCGGCGUCGUCACUUAUCCUCACAACUUUUAGAAAAGCAGCACAGAAAAAAAAAAACGGGAUGCUACCCAAAAAUACAUCGACAUUGGAUGGUUAGAUCAAGAUUGAUUUUCCCCGGCCCGCAGGACGCAGUAACUGUGUAUGUGUCUAGCGCAUAAAAAAAAAAAAAAACACCCACCCAUUACUCCCUACUAUGUAUGUACAAGGCAUGCAGCAUUGGUUUGACCGGUCGCGUACCUGAAAAUGGUCGCCUGGUCCUGUCGAUCUCAUCAAGUCACCACCACCUUGUGGGGGGUACAAACAAGCAUACACCCUGGUUGCACAUCAUCGGGAUAACAUCAUGGACCCUCAGAAAAAAAAAAAAAAAGACAGGGCUCGGAAUGUUCGGAAAAGGGGUGACAGACGGCGCACAACCAACGGAAGGAGAACAAGGUCAAAAAACAUUAAAAAGAAAAUUACAGUCAUCAUACAUUAUCCAGGCUGUGGGACGACGGCAUACAUGGUAGACUAAAAGCUUGC